ACAAAGAAGACCUGGCGUGUAUGAUAUGACGUCAUCACGCACUUUCCCGACCUGUCCUUGAAGUCACGGAGCAGUCAAAAUGGUUGCAUACUGGAGACAGGCAGGCCUGAGCUACAUCCGCUUCUCCGCUAUCUGCGCCAACGCUGUGCGGGCUGCGCUGAAGCCGCAGUUCAAAGGCGAGGCACUGAAGGCCGCAGAAGCCAGCGUCAAAGUCAUCAAGCCAAAAACAGCAUGAUGUGAAACUGUGGUGUAAAUAGUUUUUUUGUUCCUGGAUUGUGAAGCCCUGCUGCCCUCCUGUCCUUCAAAACAUGGAGAAGAAAGGAAGAAGAGUUCGAAAACAUCUAGAUGUCACAUUAAAGACUGGGACCUGAAUGAAAUUGUUCUUUGUCAUUUGUAAUUAAAAAUGAGUACCUCGAA